AGAUCUCGUCAUUGAUUUGUUGUUGUUGUUUUUGGGUUUUAGACACUUGAUUUGAUUUCAGGUAUAUGUUUGAUUUGUGAAGAAGAUUGAGAAAGAAAGAUUGGAUUCUGAAUUCUUGAAUUGCUGGCAUGGGCAAGAAGAAGGGUAAGAAGGCAAUUGCGGGAGAGGAGUCAUCUCGAAAAAGAGGCAGACCUCGCAAAGCAAUUACAGGAGAAGAUGAUGAAGAAGUGGUGAAGGAAGAGUGUGAUGACAAGGAAGAAGAGGAAGAAGAAGAAGAAGAAAGUGCAGAAGAAUCCAAUAAGAGGAGGAAGAAAAGGAAACCGAAACAGAAAGAAGAAGAACAAGAGCAGAAGAAAGUAGAGGUUUCUUCCUCAGCUGCUGCCAAGAAGGAUGAACCGAGGAAGAGGAGGAGAAAGAGUCGACAGCCUCAUAAGAGUGCUUGAUUUGAUCAAAUCAAGUUCUCAUUCCAUUCAUCUCUUCUUCCAUCUGUUUCCAUGGUUCUCCAUUCCGAUUAUGUUAGCACAAAUCUGGGUGACUUGUUUUCUUUCUUUGUUCUUCCACUUCGAUUCGCAUGGAUUGGUUCCAUCACUUACCUUAAACAUGUAUCAGAACUUAGUUUUUUUCCAUAUCAAAUCUAGACAAUUACUCGAUGCUUAUUAACUAAGAUUGUACAUCAAUUAUCGUUC